AUGUCUAACGGUGUUGCUGGCGAUAUCGAAAAGGCCUACGUCCAGGCGACUGAUCCUCGCGAUGCAGUUCGUAGUGCUCCUGGUUAUGAGGUCGCUGCUCAUCCCUCACGCAUCGCGAACCCUGGCGCUCUGGGUCUCUUCUCAUUCGCUUCAACAACCCUGAUCCUCUCCCUGUACAAUGCGCAGGCCAGAGGUAUCACCACGCCUAACCUCGUCGUGGGUAUGGCUCUCGGGUGUGGUGGUCUGGCUCAGCUGCUCGCUGGGAUGUGGGAGUUCCCUCGGGGCAACAUGUUCGCUGCUACCGCGUUCACCUCGUAUGGCGCGUUCUGGUUGUCCUAUGCUACUAUCAUGAUCCCUUCAUCUGGUAUUUUGGCCUCGUACGGUGACGAUACCGAACAGCUCAAGGCUGCCCUGGGAAUCUGGUUGACCACUUGGUGCAUCGUGACUUUCUUCUUCCUCAUCGUCGCUCUGCGCAAGAACGUUACUUUCAUCGCGCUGUUUACCUUCCUCACGGUUACUUUCUUGGCUCUCGCCGUUGGUGACUUCACCACCUCUACUGGCUGGGUCAGAGCUGGUGGUGUUCUCGGUGUCAUCACGGCCUUCAUCGCCUACUAUGCUGGCAUCAGUGAGCUCCUCGCUGCCGAGGACAUGGCCAUCGCGAGGCCUCCUCUUGGCGUCUUCACCAGGAGGAUUUAA